AUGGUCCGCCACGACGAAUUGCAAGACCAGAUGGACCUAUGCAGUCUGAUCUCGACAGCCGUGAAUCCUGCGAGACGGCGUCUGAGGAGCGUUCACGAAGUGGAGGUCGCACGCAUAGUAGAAUUAGCAGUCGAAAACUCGCGGCUCCAACAGACCAGCCAGGCCAGCCAGGCCAAUGCAGCCGCUCCGAGCACCGACAAAGAAGCUAAGGCCCUGCGCGAGGAAAAUGCACAUCUUGGGGCCGAACUCAAGGCCAUGCGCUAUGCACAUGAGCGACGGAAAAUGGAAGCCCGUGAUCUACUCAAUACGGCUAUUUUGGACAGAAAAGUCCUAACCGACAAGAUUACCGAACUCGAAGUGCUGGAAGCCAAGGAAGAGAGGCGGAAGAAUAAAGCUUCGGGACGGAGCUUUCUCCCGCCCGCCGGCAUCCGGCCACAGCAAGCGCCCGGCCAAGAGCGCAGGUCACUCGAAGCGAUGGCGCAUCUUUUGGACUCGUACCACGACAAGCUAACCAGCAUUGCGGACCUAGGGGUCGAGCAAGAACAGUUGUUAUUGUCAAAAGUCGAGGUAGCGAUCGAGGACCUCGGGAAGCAAGAGAUCCUGGCCGGCGAGGCUAUAGCUUCGCUGGAAGAAAGGGUCUUCUCAGAUAGCAAAUCCCUCAUUCAAGUUCGGGCCGGGUUCCCCAAAGACCUCGUCGAGUGGCUUGCGAAACUAGUGCCUUGCGUAGAAGAGCUGACACGUAGAAUUCGGGCUCUUGAUGCACAACAGUGGAGGGUUUCUCGACAACUGGACACUAUAACCAGCAUUCGAGGCGUGGCCAAGGCUCCUAAUGAUGAGCUGCUCAAGGUCAAACGAUCCUUCUACAUACUCCGCCGCCAGAUCAAGGCUCAUUUUGCUACUGCCCUUGACGUUUAUGGCAAGUUACGCGAUAAGGAGGGGAUUGUUGCCGACGUAAUUCUCAAGGAAACUACAGGCGCCCUGCGCAGUCUACCUGAGGAAGAGAUGAAACCACUUAUUGACGCCCAUUACACCGAGGUUGGUGCCGUCAAAGACCUUGACAAAGCACUCAAUGAAGCGCGUGGAACGUACCACUGGAAGCUAGAGAGACUUCGGACUUCCGUCGCUCAAGAAGUGUCCGACUACCAGGACAAAAUAUCCGGUUAUGAACGGAAGCUGGCCGACAUGAGCAAGCAACAGGUUCAGCCCGACACGACGAGCAAAGAUAUCCCAGCCAUCAAGUCUCGCAUCUCACGUCUCCGGGGAGAACUCGAAGCUAAGGAGCGGCUUGCCGAGAACGUGAACGAUUUGAAUCAGCACAUCCGAUCCGAAGAUCAACUCCUCCACUUGCGCGAUACCGAGCUUGUGGGCCUCGAAAACCAGAGGCUUAAUCUCAUCGAUGACCUUGUUCAUGAACUCUUUGAGAAAAAGAAUCAUGGUGCCGCGCAAACCCUUCGACGACAGAUCCGCUACCUAGGUGACAGACGAACCUCGAAAGAUUAUCAGAAGAUUGACCUGAAAUCAUCCUCCACCCUGGAGAGCCUUGGUAUCAAGAGCGAUGCCGGGGUGAUUGAAGAUUUGGCAAAGGGGAUGAUCCGAUGGCGAAACGAGAGAGGGCUGACCCUCGGCCUAGCUUAUCAAUAUCUCCGAAUCCUUCAAAGCCAGCUAGGGUACUAUGACGUGAAGAUCGACAAUGUUGAGACCGAGAUAGAAACCCUCUUAUCCGACCUCUCGAAGAGAGCUGGCACAAACGACCCCAAGCCAACUCCCAAACUACGACUUGACCGUAGUGAGGACGCUGGGUUCCAAACAACCCCGACAAAGGGUCCAAUCGACCCAAGUAAGCGAACCAAGGCACCUCGGCCCAUGAAGGCGCGUGUCAGCGAUCAGAGAGAAGAAAACGAUCCUAGAGAGGAGUCACCCGAGUGUGAAGAAGGAGAGCCGGUCGAUCAAAACGAAGACGAAUGCGAUGAAGGGGAUUCCGAAGGCCCUAAGCUGCCCAAAGGUCACGAUUCUCUACGCAGCGCGCAAAGUGCACGCUUCCGCAAGCCCUUGACCCAAACCAAGACGAUAUCACAAACCUUACCACGGCAGAGGGACGAGCGGGAGAGGAAAGGGGAGAAGGCAGAUGACAGAUCGAAGGCUCAUAUUAGCAGGCGGCAGCAUAACACGGCCGACAUCAAAGAUGGUGGCAAGAGGACUACGCACGAGCCGGAACCUUUUUCAGAUACCCCAGACGAAGAAAGGCAGGCUAGCACGCUUCGUUGCAACGAGUGUGGCAGACCAAAGCAGCGGCGCCCUCUUAACAUGAAGGACCAAUUCGACGGUAUCGGGGCCUUUAUGGAAAAUAACUCGCGACAGUUCCAAAAUCUUAAAGAGAAGUGGCAGAAGUCGGAGAGGAAGAGGCUGAGGAGUCUCGAAAAGUCUAUCUUUAGGCUGGAAGAAGAGCUUGAGGAGAAAUGGAGGCUUCUCGACCAAGGACUAUUUCAACUAGGUGAGCCCAGCGUCGCUCGUCUAGAUAGGAGACAUCAGCGAGCCUCUUGCGGCGAAAGAGAUGGUUGCGAUUCAUCUAAGGGUGACGAGAAAGGUCAUCCACAGGUAAUCCUCGAUGAGGGUCAAGAGAAGAGCAGUCCCCCAAAGAGUCUCGACAAGGAUAAAGAGGCGAGUCUUCAGAAACCCAUCGACAGGAGUGAAGAGAGGGACCGCCCCUUAGAACCCCCGGCAAGGACAAAAGGGGAGAGUCCUCGAAAACCUGUCGACAAGGGUAAAGAGCAGGGCCAAGAGUCCUCCCCGAAGAGCCUCAACAAGGAUAAGGGCAAGGGCUGUCUUAAGAAAACCCUCGACAAGGACGAAGCCAAGAGUCAUCCCCUAGAAACCCUUGACGAGGACAUCCUUGGUCUUAUAGGGGGUGGUUGCCCCUGCUCUAUCUACGGAUAUCCCGAAUUAGAGGCACUUCAAAGACGUGACGAAUUCUGCACCUGUCCUACUACCAUGGCUACAGAUUCUCUGCUCCUCCAACUCGAAACCUACCAUCGAGUGUCCCUCCUCAUGUAUGCCUGCCUCUUAUGGCUUGUGUAUCUCCCAUGCCGCCUCUGGCGGCGCAUAAAACCUCUCGACUUCUUGCCAGCCGGACUGCGCACGAUACUUUCCCUCCCACCCGCCGCUAGCGAUGCAGCCCCUACAAAGGGAACGGUCCCCGAGAUCCACUGGCCUCACUUUGACUCGACUGACUACUUCCGCAUCUUCUGUCAUUUCCUAUUCUUGAUCACGCUCCAAGUCUACAUCGCUGCCAGUCGGGAACGUGACCUAUGGCUCUGGGGCAACUCGCGCUUCAAGUCCACGUACGGCAUCGAACUCCUUCAUGGCCUUCCCUACCCGCGAUGGGGGCCCCGGGUUGACCCACGACUCAUGGCAUCUCACGGGGAGCUUUGGGAUCGCAUGACCUUUAUCAUCGGUUUAAUACCCGAGUUCCUAGUAGCGUCCUAUCUCUGGCUAGACCGGUACUUGGCGCUGCUAGGUGGUGCUCUUUGGACAGUUUUGAGGCGCACCAUGGGCGACGGAGUACUUCAGCAGGCUUUCGGAUAG